AUGGCACCAGGAGCACUCAUUGAUGAGCCGGUCAACACCGCCGCCAUCCGCUCCAAGAACUCCGAUGCCCCAAGAGACAUCUUCCCAGACGGCAUCAGGACGUCAGGCCAGCAUCCUCCUAUCUAUGAUCAGCUGAAGCCAUACUCCGAGUUCCCCAAGGAGAUCACCGGCCCGACGCUAUGGCGGAAGGAGGACUACGUCAACAACCCAGAGAAAUGGAUCCACCCCUUCACGGACGAGGAGGUUCAGGAGCUGAGUGACACCGCCGACCGGUUUAUCGAGGCCGGUAUUCCCCUGACUGGCAUCACUAAAGAGAACUUCCCGCUGCCCAAGCUAGGCAAGGUCCUCCAGGCCCUGCGGGACGACCUCCUCAACGGCAAGGGCUUCAUCCUCUUCAAGCGCUUCCCGGCCGGCGAGUGGGGCCCGCACAAGAACGCGGUGGCGUACAUGGGGCUGGGCACGUACAUCGGGUACUUCAUCUCGCAGAACGGGCGGGGCCACGUGCUGGGCCACGUCAAGGACGUGGGCGACGACCCGACGCAGAUCGACCGGGUGCGCAUCUACCGGACGACGGCGCGGCAGUUCUUCCACGCGGACCCGGGCGACAUCGUGGGGCUGCUGUGCGUGCACCGCGCGCAGGAGGGCGGCGAGAGCGACAUCGUCUCCAUCCACAACGUCUGGAACACGCUGCAGGCCGAGCACCCGGACGUCGCCGAGCUGCUGGCCCAGCCCGUGUGGUACUUUGACCGCAAGGGCGAGGUCAGCGAGGGCGAGGAGGAGUGGAUCCGCACGUCCGUCUUCUACCUCGAGCCCCGCGGCAAGGGCCGCGUCUACUGCAAGUGGGACCCCUACUUCGUCAAGAGCCUGACGCGCUUCUCCGACAAGGGUGUCAUCCCGCCCCUGAGCGAGGCCCAGUGGAGGGCCCUGACCAUCCUCGAGGAGACGUGCCAGCGGCUGGCGCUGCACAUGGUCCUCGAGGUCGGCGACAUCCAGUUCGUCAGCGACGCGCACCUGCUGCACGCCCGGACGGCUUACACAGACUUCCCCCCACCACACCCUCGCCGUCACCUACUGCGGCUGUGGCUUGCCACGCCAGAGUCCGAGGGAGGAUGGGCGCUGCCUUUCCACGACAGUGAUGAGAAGAAGCGCGGUGGCAUCCAGGUCAACAACAAGCCUCCGAUAUGCCCUCUAGACGCCGAGUAG